AUGGCAACUCCAGGAGAAAGUGAGUUCGCCGCGUCCAUUCCUCAAACGAAUCCGGGUUCGUACGAAGAAUUGCAUCGCAAGGCUCGCGAUGUGUUCCCAACAUGUUUCGAGGGAGCCAAGCUCAUGGUCAAUAAAGGACUCAGCUCUCACUUUCAGGUUUCACAUACACUUUCCCUCUCUGCGAUGAACACUGGAUAUCGAUUUGGAGCAACGUACGUUGGAACAACUCAGGUAGGACCGGCGGAAGCAUACCCUAUUCUUCUCGGAGACACCGAUGUGAAUGGAAACACCACCGCUACUAUUCUUCACCAACUCGGUAUCUACCGAACAAAACUCCAAGGACAAAUUCAACAAGGAAAAUUGGCUGGAGCGCAAGCUACCAUUGAAAGAAAAGGUCGCCUCAGCACUCUCGGUCUCACACUAGCUAACAUUGACCUUGUCAAUGAAGCUGGAAUUUUGGUUGGACAGUUUCUUCGGCGAUUGACACCCCGUCUUGAUGUUGGAACCGAAAUGGUUUACCAGUAUGGAAAAAACAUUCCAGGAGGUCAGAUCUCAGUUCUCUCAUAUGCCGCUCGGUACACCGCGAAUCAUUUUAUCGCAGCUGCAACCCUCGGAGCAUCAGGAGUUCACCUCACCUAUUUCCACAAGCAAAACGAUAAUUUGGCUUUUGGAGUGGAGUUCGAAUGCAACGCUAAUGUUGGUGAAGCUGUGACAACUCUCGCCUAUCAAACUGAGUUGCCAGAAGAAGGAGUCACGAUGAGGGCUAGCUUUGAUACUAACUGGUCCGUUGGUGGAGUUUUCGAGAAACGUCUUAGUCAACAACUACCAUUCACCUUAGCUCUAUCGGGUACCCUCAAUCACGUAAAAGCUGCUGGAAAAUUCGGAAUCGGACUCAUCAUUGGUUAA